AUGGGCAGCGAAAAGUCACACGCAUCAGGCGAAGCCAAGCGCCGGAGAUCCAUCGCCAACUCGCAGCGGCGAGCCCUCCGCGCAUGGUUCUACGACACCACCAAAGGGCCCAAGUCACAGGUGGACGCCUCGGUGUGGUGGAAGGAGGCGUACGGGUACCACCUCAACUCGAGCACCGUCAGCGAGAUCCUCAGCUACAAGUACGACUUCUUGGACGUGACGGACGCCGGCGCCAGCGCCAACGCCAACGCCGCCAGCGACGAGAGGAGGCGGGACAGGCCGGCCAAGUGGGAGGUGCUCGAGCAGGAGCUGGUCUCAUGGGUCUUCAGCUACGAGUCGGUUGUGGGCGAGGGCAGCGUCACGAGCAGCAUGCUGCGCCAACGGGGCACCGAGCUGUGGAACUCGCUGCCCUGCUACCAGGGCAUGCCCGAGCCGAAGUGGAGCGAGGGCUGGAGGAGUCGGUUCAAGGCUCGCUACAUGCUGUACCGGCAGAGGAUGCUCGAGGACGCGGCCGAGCUGGCCACUUACAGCGGCGCGUCCUCGUCGUACGGCGGCUACUCCUCCGACGAGAUUUUCUCGACGGAAUCCGCCUAA